UCAUCACGAUCGUCACGUGACGUAAACAAUUCUGGUGUAUGCACGUACGUCGACGCUACGCAAUUCAAUUUGAGUUUAUUAAUGAUAUAAUAAUGUCUGCAACUAAAGAAGUUAAGAUUUGCUGCAUUUGCAAGAGGGAAAACCCUUAUUACAAAUGUCCCACGUGCGAAAAACUUUACUGCUCUUGCACAUGCUACAAAAAGCACAAGGAUCAAGCCUGUGAACCUCGGAAUGAAGCUGAGAAAUCUGCAAGUCUCAAGAAUCCUCAGGAACCUGUCAGCAAUAUCAAACAGAAAUAUUUAUUUCCAACAAUGGACACUGUGCCCAUAGAAAAGUUGGAACGAUUACGUCAUAGCAACGAGUUGAAGCAGUGUCUUGCAAAUCCUCACGUACGCACAAUGAUAAAGGAUGUUGCAACUAGUCAUGAUCCUACCUCAGCGAUUCACAAAGCUAUGAGAGAACCAAUAUUUGUUGAAUUUGCUGAUAUUUGUCUGAAGAUUGUGGAGCUGCCAGAGGAGAAUAGGCCAUGCUGAAUGGUCUAUGAAUGCAUCACUAUAUUAUACUAUAUUAUAUUUACUAUAUAUUCAUUUAUAUACUAUAUUUAUAUACAUUUAUAUUUACUAUAUUCAUUUAUAUACUAUAUUAUACUAUAUAUUAUACAGAACUGUGUAACUAUGUAAUAUAUAUGUAUAAAAAGUAUACAAAAGGAUAUGUGUGUACAAAGGAUAAUUGUCAGAGAAAACAAUAUCUUUCUUUUUACAUACAUAUAUAUUUCUUAAACAGAUAUAAACGAUAUGAAUGUAUCUUAGAUAUGAAUGAAGUGUUUGUAUACUUUAUGAGGAGAUGAUCUUAAGAUAGAUUACGUAUUAGGUGAAUGUUACCUUAAGUUAUCAGUGCAACCUUUACGUGAUGAUGUAUAAAAGGAACAAAACGCAGCUUUAUUUUGUGAAGAAAUAGUUGAGACUCUCACGUUCUGAUUUUUCUUUUUUUUUUUUUCUUGUGAUUAAAGCUCUGAAUGUUGAAAGUAGUAGGAUGAAACGUAACUUUCGACGUCUUUUGGUAUUUGUGCGCGGUCCAGUUCAGCCUCGAGAGCGUGAUAUCUCCUCCUAACGUGGUGUGCUGCCAUUUUCGGUUGUCUGUCCCUCGUGAAGAUCCCUUUUUUAUUUCCGCCCACUCUGGUAUACGCUGCAACGCGCAAAUACCAAGAAACAUUAUUGAUAAAAAUCAUAUCACGAGCUAAUUUCCUCCAGAUGUUUUUUCUUUGUAAAUUAAGGUUUCUGGUCCCACUGCAAGGACUUUUGGCAUGCAUUUUCUCGCUUCUGACGUCAUCAAUCCAAAAUUCCGCAGCAGUGGGAUCAGAAGAAUUUACAGACUUUAAAGAAGUCUAUAAAUUAUUACGCGACUCCGUUUCAUUUAUUGUACUCACAUUGCGCGGUGCGGAAAUCAGCGAAAUUCCAAAUAAAUUCGCCGAUAAAGAAGCCGUCGUAUCGCAAUCGAUCGAAGGCUUCGAAAUGUCUAGACAAUAAUUCUUUCUGGUACUCUUCGCUCCAUACGUAUUCCGGUAGCUGCAAGAAACGUUAAACGUUUAAUGAAAAAAAAACAAUUACGACAAUAUAACAGAAUAUAUAUAAAGAGAGAUAUUGAUAUUAUUAUACUAAUAAAAUAUUUAGCAAAAUAUUAAUAUACCUCGUGCAAGCCCGGCAUAGUGUCAGCUCCGUAUUCUGAUAUGAGCACCGGCUUGUUAUAUUUCCUGUGCCAGGCCUCGGCUUCCCCUUGAACCCUGUCAGUAAUCAUGUCUAGUCUGCCGGCAUUGCUGUACCAAGCGUUGUAACGAUUAAAGCUGAUCACGUCGAGAAACUGACCAGCCUUGUCUUCCUAGAAAUUACAAAAGCAGUAAUCAUUUAUAAAUCGAGAGGAUAUUACUUUUUAACUCGUUUAUGUAAUUUCUAAUUUUGACUCUUAAUAGCCUUUUCUCUUUCUCUCUUUCUAUAUAUAUAUGUAUAUAUAUACGAUAGACGUGGCUAAACAUCCGAGGGUAUAGGAUAAGAAAUAUAAGGAUAAGAAACUUAAAAAGGAAAGAAAUUUGCCUGUAUAGGAUAAGAUACGUAUAGGAUAAAGAAAUAUAUAUAAGAAGGAAGGAAGAAAAGGAAGCAAAGAAGAAAGAAAUAAAAGGAGGAAGGAGGAAAAAGAAUAGAUAUUAAUUAGAUAUUUAUAAGUUAAGUAAUUAAUUAUAAUAAGUUAAAUAAAAGUAAUUAAUUAUAAUAAGUUAAAUAGUAUAAGUUAAAUAAUUUAUAAGUAAGACAAUUAUAAGUUAGACAUUAGUUAAGACAUAAAUAGGUUAAGAUGCGAGGAAAGGAAAAAUGUAGAAAGAUAAAAGGUGUAUAGAUAUAAGGAAAAGAACAUAAUAACUUGGCGCGAAGCUGAAGUUGGAAAUAAAGAUACAGAUACAGAUAUA